CUGAAUUGCAUCACAAUCUGUGGCUGCUUCUUCCGGUACAAUGUUAUAUUAUUCACAUAAUGAAGGUCAUUGUUGCAACUGCUGACUUUAUGAUUUCCAAAAUAAUGAUCAUUAAGCUGCUGUGGAUGUUCUGCAGAAUAUCACAUUUCAAAAUAAACAACAGAAGAUCCUCAAUAUGCCGCAAGACUCUCUCACAAGAGAACUGCACACAUAGAAAUAAUUUUUAAAUUCAUUGAGUUUCUCUCAUUCUGCAUUUCUGUUGUCUUUACUUCUCUCAUUCUUCUUCACUGUUUACUUUUUUGCUCACUACAUAUUCAGUCUUGACUUGUUGCUUUAAUGAUCGAGAUCGCUUAUAGUCUUACUAUAUUUUAAUUUUUUUGGACAUUCGGUGUGGAUUUGAAUAAUUAUUCGCGGCUUCAUGUGAAAAGUGAUAGAAAAUGUUGGAUGUGACUCAAUAUGACAAAUACUAGACUGAACUCACUUCAAUGAAUGAAAUUCCCAUGUUGCACUUAAUUCUGUGCUGUUGUAGCUGUGGAUUUAAAUUGUGAGAAUAAAAGUGAUAAGAGAAAUGAAAGAAAAGUUGAUGGAAUAAGACAAUAAUGAACUACCAUAAAAAUAAUCAUCGGAAUGCGCCGAGAAUAAAUUCAAUCUUGGAGCCAACGACGGCUAAAUAUUUAUUGGAUUUCCUCUACUACACACGUGAAGAUGAGCAAUUCAAAUUUUAUAAAAAAUCACGAUGCUCAAUCUUUCGAGGAACUAUCUUGUGCCUGUGUAUGAAUCUGACCUACGCUAAUAUUGUACGAUUUCCACGCGAAUUGGAGCGACACGGUGUUGCAUUUUUAGUGCCAUAUUUAAUCAUAAUGUUCAUCAUCGGUGUGCCAAUCGUUUUACUUGAGAUGGCUUUAGGUCAAUUUCUUGGACAAGGAGCUUCUCACAGCUGGAAAUCGUCGCCAUUUUUAAAAGGAGCUUCAAUUAUUGGACGAAUAGGUGCUUGGAUCGGAUGUAUUUGGAUAUCAAUGCACAUGUCACUUUCACUACUUUACAUUGGUCAAAUUGCAUUCUCAGGUGUGCCAUUCCGUCAGUGUCCCUCAACAGUUGAAUUGUCAGGUACACAUUAUGCAGAGCGAGGAAUUUUUGGACAAUUAUGUCUACAAAAAACAUUUCUUCGAUCAAUUCGAGAAUCUUCCUUGAAUUUUGGCCUCCUUGCUAUUGGACUAGUUUUCUUGUGGGUCAUUAUUAUGAUGUGCACACACAGUGGUCGAGUGAAUCGUCGAUCGAUAAUAAUGUUUGGAUUAGGUACAUUGGGACUUUUAUUAUUCCAACUUGGAUGGCAAAUAAAGAACACAAUUGAGGCAGAUAAAUUGGAUCCAGAAUUUUGGCCAAUUAAUUAUAGCAUUCUAGCACAAAGUUCAACAUGGUUUUAUGCUUUAAUUCAAGUCAUUCUAUCAACACAAAUUGGCAUCGGAGCAAUUCCAGUGAUGACAGGAAAAUUUCUGUAUAAAGGCGAUGCAAUUCGAAUGUGUACAGUCUACAUGUGCUUUAAUUUCCUUACUACAAUGCUUGCAACUGCUUAUUACUUGACACCGUAUAAACAAAACAAUAAAAUCGAAGAUAUUCCACCUUAUCCAGAUCUUACAGCAAUUACAUCAGUCUAUGAUCGUACAUUUAAUGAACCACACAGCACAUAUUUAAGAAAAGUCAUUCCUAGUCUUGCUUACUUGAUGAUCAUCUUUAGUGGAAUUAUUUCCAUUUCAAUUGCAAUAUACACAUCAUCGAGACUAUUGAAACGUCAUCCGAACUAUAUUAUGUGCCUUGCUGCAUUAUGUCUUGCAGUUGGAUUCCUUCUAUGUCCAAACUUUAUACCUAGCAGAUAUCUCGACAUGAGAUGGACUGGAUUAGUUAUUGUUUGUGCAUUAGUCUUUGAUAUUAUUUCAAUAACAUGGAUUUAUGGCAUAAAGGACUUAUCAAUAGACCUAGAAUUUUCAAUUGGACGUCCAAUAAUGAAAUUAUGGUUGAUUUUAUGGGCAACAAUUCCUAUACUUCUUAUUGCAAUCGUAACAUGCUUCAUUGUAUUUCCAACAAAAAUUCAAUUGAUAGAACCAAUUGUUGAUUUCAUUCCAAAAUGGGUUCCAAUUGUAAUUUGUCUAAGCAUCAUAUUACUUUUUGCAAUUUAUGAAGUCACAAAACAAGUUGAUUAUAAUACAUUCAGUAUGAUUCAUGAAGCAACAAAAGCAGCAAAAGAUUGGGGUCCUGCAGAUCCACUUGUAAGGCACGCAUGGAAACAAUGGAAAACUGUUUGUGAUGAUACUGGUCAGCGUGACUUUACAUUAAAAAGACGUGGCACAAAAGACUGGACAAGCUCAAUUAAAAAGGGACAAUAUUCACAUGCCAAACGAAAUGCUUCAAAUUGCAUUCCAAACCUCAAUAAUCACAGCAAAUAUGUUGUAAAUAAUAAUAAUAAGACGACACUUCAUACUUCGACAGCAUCAAUGUCAGGUGGAUCAAAUUCUCCAAAUUAUAGUGGAUCAGUCUUUGGCGAUUCAGCUAUUGAAGAGGAUAUAAGUUGUGGAGAAAAAUACUCAUCAAAUGAACGUGAUGGAAAUUCAAGGAAAUCAUCGCAAAGUAAUCGAGUUAAUAGAAAUCAGUCGGAUGCAAGCCAUCAUCGACAUUAUAAUCAUCAUCAAAGAACAAUAGUAAAUAAUGAUGAUGAUCCAAUGAUUGGAAAUUACCAAAAAGUUCCCAUAAGAAUUUCAGCAGUCAGUGACCAUCCACGAAAUAAAAGAAAUUCUUACUUUCAAGCUCAAUCAAAUGACGAAAUAAUCAUGUCUGAUGAGAAUCAUUUUAAAUCAUGUAUUGAGAUUGUUCCAUCAGACUUUUCUGAUCUCGCAUUUCCACCACCACCUGCUCAAUUUCAAGCACAAUCUACGUUCAUGAAAAAUCCACUUUGUCAAUUGAGUCACCAUAAUGAAAUCUUUUAUGAACCUGAGGAUGACGUCGACGAAAGUGAUGAAAUCAAUACAUACGAACAACAGCAGCAGCAGCCACAACAACGACAAAAAAAUGGACACUUGAUUAACAAUAUUCACAUUAAUGGCAGCAAUACAUUUAGUGAUGGAAGCAUGAGUACCAAAACAACAAAAACAUUGUCAUCGACAGCAACAAAUAACAUUCCAAAUGACUCAUAUACCAAUAAUUGGAGAAAACUUUCGCGAAAUGGUGAUGAAUUCUCCACAGAAUUGUGAUUCCCGAACUCUUUUGAUGUUAAAUGUUGAAUGAAAACGAAAAAGACUUCAAAUGAUUCAAUUGAGAUGAUUUUGACCACAAAAAGAAGAAGUUAGUCAUUAAAGAAUGAAAACAAAUAUUGAAGAGACUUAACGCAAGUCAAUUAAAUGUACUUAAUUAAUUUCUACAAUCCAUUUUGUAAAUAAAUGAAAAAAUAAGUUGAUUAUUGUUAAUUCCAAAAAUGAGAAGAAAAAAAUCAGGUACUUCACGAACAGAAGAUUAUAUAAUGCAUGUACAUAAGAUUUAAAGUAGUAAUAAAGAAAAUUUGUUGAUCAAUCUACAAUAA